UUUUAACUUGCAAUUGAAAAGGCCAGCAGCUUUUCCAUUCCGCCGUCUGCUUUGCGGGUUUUUGUGUUUCUCCUCAGGCAACAGCCAGCCUCCUCUCCUCGCUGCCCCAGCCACACCGCCUUAUCCUUAUCCUUCUCCCUCCCUCCCUCCCUCGAAUAAAUCUAGGUGCGGAAUUCAGCCGUCUCCUCUACCGAUAGAUGUCGAUGCUCCGGCGGAGGAAGGGCCCUCAGCCUCCGCCGCCCCCGCCGCCACGGGACCCGAGUCCUCCCGAGGAGGUCAAGGCUGUGCAGCAGAGAGGGAAGGAGCGGAAGGGGCGAUGGUCCUGUCUUGACUGCUGCUGCUGGCUUAUCGGGGUGAUCUGCUCCGUGUGGUGGCUCUUGCUCUUCUUUUACAACGCCAUGCCCGCCUCUCUCCCUCAGUACGUCACGGAGGCUAUCACUGGCCCCUUGCCUGAUCUUCCAGGCGUUAAGCUUCAAAAGGAAGGGCUGCAAGCCAAGCAUCCCGUGGUGUUCGUCCCCGGGAUCGUCACUGGGGGACUCGAGCUGUGGGAGGGCCAUCAGUGCGCUGAUGGCCUCUUCCGCAAGCGCCUUUGGGGAGGGACAUUCGGAGAGGUCUACAAAAGACCCUUAUGCUGGGUUGAGCAUAUGUCUCUGGAUAAUGAAACUGGGUUGGACCCUCCUGGUAUAAGAGUUAGACCAGUCACCGGGCUGGUUGCGGCUGAUUAUUUUGCUCCUGGGUACUUUGUGUGGGCAGUUUUGAUUGCUAACUUGGCUCACAUAGGGUAUGAAGAGAAAACUAUGUACAUGGCAGCUUAUGACUGGCGAAUUUCAUUCCAGAACACGGAGGUGCGUGAUCAAACAUUGAGCAGAAUAAAAAGUAACAUAGAACUUAUGGUCUCUACAAAUGGUGGAAGGAAGGUGGUGGUUAUUCCACAUUCCAUGGGCGUCUUAUAUUUUUUGCAUUUCAUGAAAUGGGUUGAGGCACCUGCUCCUAUGGGUGGUGGUGGUGGUCCAAACUGGUGUGCAGACCAUAUAAAAUCAGUUAUGAAUAUUGGUGGACCAUUUUUAGGUGUUCCAAAAGCAGUUGCUGGAUUAUUUUCAGCGGAAGCAAAAGAUGUUGCUGUUGCAAGGGGCAUUGCACCUGGUUUUUUGGAUUCUGAUUUUCUUGGUCUUCAAACAUUACGUCAUGUCAUGCGCAUGACUCGAACAUGGGACUCAACUAUGUCCAUGAUUCCAAAAGGUGGUGAUACAAUUUGGGGUGGUUUAGAUUGGUCACCUGAGGAAUUCUCUGAGUGUGCUCCUAAGAAGAAUAAGAUCAAUGAUUCUCAUCUAUCCAAAGAUGUUGAUACUAAGAUGAUUGAAGUUCCAUCAAGAGUUAACUAUGGCAGGAUUGUUUCAUUUGGGAAAGAUGUUGCAGAGACACCUUCAUCCAAGUUAAAGCGGACUGAUUUUCGGGAUGCAGUCAAAGGAAACAGUGUUGCCCCCCAUUCAAAUUCUUCUUGUCGAGAAAUUUGGACCGAAUACCAUGAAUUGGGUUGGGCAGGAAUUAAAGCAGUUGCUGAUUUUAAAGUAUAUACUGCUGAUUCUGUCCUGGAUCUUCUUCAUUUUGUUGCUCCAAAGAUGAUGCAGCGUGGAAGUGCACAUUAUUCAUAUGGAAUUGCUGAUGAUCUUGAUGAUCCUAAGUAUAUGCACUAUAAGUAUUGGUCAAAUCCCUUGGAGACAAAGUUACCUAAUGCUCCUGAUAUGGAGAUAUACUCCCUAUAUGGAGUGGGAAUACCUACAGAAAGAGCAUAUGUUUACAAGUUAUCGCCAUAUGCAGAAUGCUAUAUUCCAUUUCAGAUUGAUACUUCUGCAAACGGUGGAAAUGAAGGAAACUGCUUGCAAGGUGGUGUAUACCUGGCUAAUGGAGACGAGACUGUGCCAGUGUUAAGUUCAGGAUAUAUGUGCGCAAAAGGUUGGCGUGGAAAAACCCGAUUCAAUCCUUCUGGUAUGAAGACUUACAUCAGGGAGUAUGAUCACUCUCCUCCAGCUAAUCUCUUGGAAGGCCGUGGUACACAGAGUGGUGCUCAUGUUGAUAUAAUGGGCAAUUUCGCAUUGAUAGAGGAUAUUAUUAGAGUAGCUGCUGGAGCUACUGGAGAGGACUUGGGCGGCGAUCAAGUCUACACUGAUAUAUUUAAAUGGUCAGAAAGAAUCAACUUACAUCUAUAAAUCCAGUUGAAUACCCAUAAUGUGAAUACUUGAAGUACAUACAAGAAAGAGCAAUGUUUCUAUGGUACAUAAUGGAUUUAUAAGAGGUUGCCUCCAAGUGCUGCUACCAUUGGUGGAUUUAGUUGGCCGAUCUUAUGGGAACAAGAAAAUUUUCUGUUGAAGCUCCAUUUGGCAAUCAAAAUAAUUGAUUGAAUCAAUUAUUUAUAUAAAUUGUGCUUCUGGUUCUAUUGAUUGCAUUAAGCAUUUUACUACUUACAAUAUAUUUUCGUUGGAGGAUAUCUUGAAGGUUCUAUAAUGGCACAGUGAAGAAGAGAAGAUUGCCAGUGCUUGCCCUUCGGCCACGAAUAUAUUUCCCUUUGCGGAAUUGGAAUUCAUAAGGCUUGGAGCAGCAGCACAAGGUAGGUAGUUACUAAUUUGGAAAGGUUGUAAUAGAUCUCGUCAGCUUUUUGGACAUCUGACUUAGUGCAUUUUGUGCUCAUCCAGGUGAUGAACUCUGAUUGUCUUUUAAGCUGGUUUUGUAUAUUGUGGCAAUUCAUCUAGAACAUAUAAUUGUCUCAUUCAUUUGUUAUAUUUGACCCUGGCUCGAAAUGCCUAAGCUCAAAUUAAUCUUAAAUUCGCAGGGUUAUGUUUAUAACUACUGUUUGUUA